AAAGUAUACAGAAAAAUAUUUUGUAAACGAAUAUCAUGUGUACAGUUGUUAUCAGUGACGCAUUUAAGUGUUGAUUUUGUGUAAAUAAACAGUAAUGGACAUUAUUGAUCGAUAUACGUAAUGGAAAACUGAGCUUCUUCGCAGUAAGUGUAAUUAAGUGAUUGAAUUUCACUUUCAUCUCAUCAGCAUAACAUAUCUGGCGUAAAUAAAAGGCCAAAAUCAAAUAUCAAAAUGGAGCAUUUUCGUCGUGGGGAGGAGAUGGCAUCUAGUAAGGACGAUACUUCGUUUGUAUAUGACAUACUAUCUGAGGGACAUUUACAGGCAAAAGCACAUAGAUCUAGAUCAUAUUCAAUGCAUGUAAGCAGACCUUUAGUACAUGACAACAGCGCAAAGAAUAGAAAAGUUCGGCCUCGUAGGAUGAGUUUGCCUGCAAAUGUAACAAGACUUCAUAAGGAACGACGCUCAAAAGUAGCAGUAGAAAGCGAACAUGGACAGACAAAAGUUCAUAAAAAGGAUGAAGAGGAAAAGGCAGGCUCCAGUGGAAAUAGGAGAGCAAAAUCUUUCAAAGAACACUCUGAAAAGGAUGAAUGUCAUCAGAAAAAAGUCAGAUCAUUUAAAACUACGUCUAAAGGUCUAGUAAAUUGCGGUGACUCCUACGAAGUAAAACCUGAAGAGGAAUAUAAUAUUACGGAUACUCCAACUACAUCACUGGAUUCUUCGCGUCAUACAAAUGCAAUUCGGCAACAUAUUACUAGCAAAUAUCAUCUUGACAAGAGUUAUUUCAGAGUUUUGUUGACAGGCGCUCGAGAUGUUGGAAAGACCUCUCUUAUAAAACAGUUUACUCCGCCUGAUUUUCUAGCUCAGUCAGAGGGUGACAGAAUUGUUACAUUGCAAGUAGAUGGGGAAGAAUCAACAUUAGAAUUUGUACAAUCAGAAGAUUUCCAGGAAGAAGAUGAAAAUUUAGAAAUUGACGCUUUUGUCGUUGUAUACUGUAUCACAGAUAGAGCUACAUUUGACAUUGCCGUAGAUCUGCUGACGCAUAUACGGGACGAAGUAGGAUCAAAUAAGGCUAUAAUUCUUGUUGGUAACAAAUCCGACCUUGAACGUAAGAGGACUAUCAGUCAGGAAGAAGGACGGUCUGCUGCGGAUGCAUGCGGUUGUAAAUACAUUGAACUUUCUGCUGCAUUCAACCAUCGUGUGGAUGAACUGCUUGUCGGUAUACAUAAACAAAUCAAACUUAAAUCUGAAACUGACAAUGAGGAAACUGAGAGCAGAAUUCCAAAAGCGAAAGAGAGAAGGAGUUCAUUUAAGAGGACUAAACGUUUUCUUGAAAAGGUAUUUCAUAAACACAGUAGUAAAGACAAGACGACGGAAAAUUUGUACGUGGAAUGAAACAAAAUGAAAUUAUGAAACGCAUUAUGCUACAAACGAACAAGAACUGACUGAUAUCAAAAUUUCUAAACAGAACAAAUUAAUGAUACGUUUAGAUCAGAAUGUACAACGGUAAAUCUAGGUUAAUCCACAGUGUACAUUCCAAACAGAGAAAAAACAUAUAACCGCCAACAAGUAUUUUCGCCAAUUAAUGUAUGCAUUUAUUGUUACGUGUGUGUUUUUGUUGAGUCCUGAGAUUUGUGUCAAUCAUGUUUGUUCUUUUGGUUUGUAUAUAUUGGAAAUGUGAUGUAAAAAGAAUUCUCUUAAAACCGGUUCCGUUAUCUAUUAUUGUGAAAUAUAUAUACCUCAAAGACGCGCCACAGAAUAACUGUAUUCUUUUGUAUUUCCAUUAUGGUAAUUAUAAAUGAUUUGCAUGAUAAAAAUGAGAAAUACAAGUAUCUACAAACAAAUUGACAGUGACAUAUAUAAGGCCAAGACAAUGUGUUUAAUGUCUAAAUAUUGUAUUGAAUGAAUGUAGCAUUAUGCACAUGACACAGGGUGAGAAACCGUGACACACAGUAUUUCAUAUAUUAAGCUGAGUUUAGAUCAAACGUGUUUCUACAGGGUAAGACAGUAAUUUAUCUAUGUUUUUAAACCUAUCCUGAAAAGAGAUUGACAGAAUAAGUUUGUGGAUAAAUUUGUGAAAACACAUUAAUUUAGGGAGGGCCUAAAUUAUCCACCUGACAUCAUGCAAAAUAGUUGUAGUAUAGCUGUAUUACGAGAAGGAUUUUCACGAAGUUCAUGUUGGAGACAAACGUAGGUCAGUAGGUUGUGGUGGGUCUUUAAGAAAUCUAUCGGUUUGAACCGUAACAACUAUUUGACUGGUGCCCACUUAAAUAAAUAUAAAAGAGAAUUAUCAUUCCUUCACAUGCGAAAUUAAUGUAAUAAGUCUUUCUUCGAAUUUUGACCCAACGGUCCUUUUCAAGAUCGAAAUUUCAAUAAUAAUUUUAGUUAAAAUAAUAAUAAUAAUGAUUGUAAAACUUCGACGACAGGGUUGAGAUUUGUAUAAUAUCAACGUAAAUAUUUCCCUAUUUGCGGCAUUUUGUGCAUGAAUACAAAUGCCUUUUACUACGUGAGUAUCUUUAUGUAAUUUUGCAUCUUGCGGUCUUUGUAACUUAGUCCUAAGACUUUUUGUUUCAGGAUAAAUCUAUCUCCCUUAGAGGUGAUACAUACGUUAAAUCUUUUUUAUAUAGUGAGUUUUCUAAUUUGUUGUGCUUUCAAAUCUGUGAAUCAAAACUUUCCUUAUUAAUAAUAUGUUCUACGUGUGACUGUAUCGAUUUAUCCAAACUACAGUAAUUCAUUUGUAGGACAGUUUUUAGUGAUUCAUAAACCUUUGUUUCCAGUCACUGUUAUAUAACUGCAUGCAAUUUACAUUGCAUUUACAUCACAUAACGUAAUGCAACAGCCUUUGGAAUUAAAGGAUCUUUCUAGCA